AUGGCAGAAACUGCAGUAUCAUUUGUUUUACAAGAACUAGGCCAAUUUGUAAUAAAAGAAACUAGCCAAUAUACAGUAGAAGAAAGAAAUCCAGUAGCAGGGAUUGAAAGAGACUUCAAUGAUAUCAAAGAUGAACUUGAGAGCAUCCAAGCCUUCCUCAAGGAUGCAGACACAAAGGCUGCUGAUGAUGAUGAUGAUGGAUCCAAUGGAGUCAAAACUUGGGUGAAGCAGGUGAGACAAGCGUCUUUUCGCAUAGAAGAUGUGAUUGAUUACUACAACAUGUUUUUGGCAGAGAGGGCCAGUCAUUCUAUAUUCAGAUCUGCACUCCAAAUGAUUCUUGGUUUGAUCAAAACCAUGAAUCCGCAUCACCAGAUUGCUUCUGAGAUUCAAGACAUCAAGUUAUCACUUGGUAGAAUCAAAGAAAGAAGUACAAGGUUCGAGUUUCUGUCUGAAAAUGAAGCAGGAAGGACUAAAGCUCCUAGAAUUGGUGACCCUCGAAUGGCUCCAUAUUUCAUUGAAGAGACUCAAGUUGUAGGAUUUGAGUCUGCGCGAGAUGAAUUGGUUAGAUGCUUGGUGGAGGAAAACAAUGAGCUCAUGUUGGUUGCUGUGGUUGGCAUGGGAGGACUCGGGAAAACUACUCUCGCAAAUCAUGUUUUUGAUAGCCAGCUAGUGAAAAAGAACUUUGAUUGUAGAUCUUUCAUCACUGUUUCGCAAUCGUACACCAUCAGAGAGCUGUUGACAGAAAUGAUAAAGAAAUUUUGCAAGGACAGCAACGACCCUAUUCCAAGGGGUCUGCAGAAUAUGGAUGAUGAAACUUUGAUUAAUCAAGUGAGACAAUACCUUGAGUCAAAAAGGUACUUGGUUUUAUUUGAUGAUGUCUGGAAAGAUAAUUUUUCUGAUGGGAUUGAACAUGCCUUAAUUAGUAAUAACAAAGGAAGUAGAAUCAGUGUGACUACUAGAAAAAUGCAUGUAGCUGAUUAUUUUAGGAAAUCUUUUCCUGUUCAUGUCCAUGAGCUACAACAUUUGCCUCCAGACAAAGCAUGGGAGCUGUUUUGCAACAAGACGUUUAGAGGGCACUGUCCAACAGAACUUGAGGAGAUGUCCAGAGAAAUUGUUCAAAAAUGUGGAGGGCUACCAUUAGCUAUUGUGGCCAUCGGUGGUCUUUUGUUAACAAAAGCUAAAACCCUCAUUACAGCUACUCAAAAUCACGAAUAUCCGUCAUCACAAAGACAUCAUAACGCUCACAAACAACACAGAGAAUCAACGGAUAGCAGAAACUGA